CACAAUUAUUUCUAACUUUCAGGUGUAAUGUUCAGAUAUAACUUUAUUACCAAAUCUUCAGUUCUUACCAAAUUCAGAGUAAUCCAACUGCCAUGGAAGAUGUCCGCACCUUGCGGUUUGACAUCCAGUGGGAUGUUUUCGAGGGAAUGCAAAUAGUUGACAUUAACUCGAAGUACUACGACAUGGUGAUCGAGUUCAUGUGGCACAAUUCGUUUCUAAAGAGUCUGGUAUACGAAAGCUUGGGACUGUUUGACUUGCCGGACAUGAAAGAAACCUAUUCUAGGUAUGUUCUGCACAUUCUGCGAAACGAGUGUUCGGUGAUGAUGAUCAGCGAGGACGAGACCCAGAUAAGGGCAGUGGGCCUGCUGGAAUGGAUGACUGAGGAGUGGCACUCCUGGGUGUUCUUUCCAUCAUCAAUGCCCCGGAAUCUGUUCCAGCAGAUUAUAAUGAUGAAGAAGGAGCUCAUCGAUGCGACGAAGGCGAACCUGAACAUCUCCACCUUCGACGCGCUGAUGGUCCACGAGAUCGCCAUUCCGGACGAGCUGUACUUCAACCGAGACUUCCUGACCAGCUUUUUCGACGUGUUCGGCUUUGUGGCCCAGCACAUGCACAUGCCCCGCGUGAGCUUCAUCGCCCUGAGCUCCGUGGACCAGGAGGCAGCCAGUCUGAUCGAGUACGACGAGAUCGGCAGGACGAUCUACUCCAUCUACAAGGUGGGCAAUACCCGUCCCUUCGACAUCCUGCGUGAGCUGGACGAGAUGUACGCCCUGCUCUUCGAACUGCCCGUCUCUCCGAUCCUGAAGUACGUCGAUAUGCCGGGAUUCGAGGAGUUCCACGAGGCCUUGGAAGCCAGAUUGGCCAAGGAGGCCGCCGAGAAACGACACGACGACGAUUUUUGAGCUCUUUUUGUCCCACGUCAUAUAAAAAUACACGUCUACUUUUGGGCUUUCCCUUCAAAA